ACAGUUUAUUUGUUUCAGUUACAUGUUAUGCAUAAAACUAGUAUAAUCACAAUUUUGCUGUGAAAUUUAUAUUUAUUAAAUCAUAAUACCUCAAUAUGCAUUGGAUAUACAUAUUAAUGUUGAUAUUCGUUUGGAUCAAAAGUGCUGACGCAAAUUUUGUUUAUACCAAAAAUAUGGCGUCCCGCUGCAAAGAACACAUCAGUCAACAUGGCUACAGCUAUGAUACAUUUUACGAGAUCCAAACUGAUACGAGAGCUACCAAAGAUCCUGACAAAUCCUUUGAAAUGCAUCUAGCUAUUCAGGCAUCUAGCAACGGGCACAUAUUGCUGUCUCCAGUCAGUCGACCCGGUUCGGCCGACCCUGUUUAUGAAAUAGUUGUUGGCGGUGGAGCCAACACGUUCACAGAAUUACGAAGGAAUUUGAGAAGAAACGCAAAGACCUCGUCUAAGACACAUGGUAUAUUGUCCAAUAUGGAACUCAGAGGAUUUUAUAUAAAAAUCUCAAAAGAGGGACUAAUUGCAUUUGGGAGAGAAGGCGAAAUAUUACCAAUCAUAAGCUUCUACGAUGUGGAUCCCCUCGACAUAAAAUAUAUGAGUUUCGCUUCUUGGAAUGGAGUGGAAGCGAAAUUUUUAUACGACUGUCCGUUACCUGGAGGAGAAACAAAUGACAAUGAUACUACAACGGUGAUAAAUUCCAAAGAAGUAGCACGUAAACUGACACCUUCAGAGCAAAUUAAGAAAGAACUACUGCAAGGUCGUAUAACAAGUCUACCACCAGAGAGAUCUGUAGAUAUACAAAUAGGUGUUGUGAUUACCAGCGCGAGAUAUGAUGCAUUUGAGUCUAAAAUGAUUGCAGGGUUAGCUUUUGUGACAAGUUGGACAGACAAAAGCAUGACAUGGGAUCCAAAUAAAAUUAAGGAUGCAAACAUAUCGAAAUUGUACUUCCGUCCGAAUCAAAUAUGGAGACCAACUUUCUUGGUAUUCAACUCAGACGACGUAAAUCCAUUAGACGCAAAAAAUCCGGGACUAAUUUCUAUGAAUAAUAAUGGAGACGCAACAUUCCACUUCAGAGCGACCGUCGAGUCUUGGUGUGUUAUGUAUACCACAACUCUAAAUAAAUGGCCUCAUGAUGAAUACAUUUGCUCUAUAGUAAUCCAACCAUGGGAACCGCACGAACAAAUCAAAAUGGAACUCCUUAAUCCAAAAGAUCUUAAAAUGCAAAUUUUUUCAGAUAUUGAUACGAUUGUGAGGAAUGAAUGGCAAGUGCGUUGGGACCAACACGUUCUCCCCUCGUUAAAAUGGAAUAAAUUGUAUCCGAGCACAAAUAAUGAGACGAACCAGAGUGAUAAAUUUGUGAUAACCCUCAAACUGAAACGAACGGCUACCUCUCAUAUCAUCGUGUUCUACACUCCGUUAUUAGUACUAAUAACGUUCGUGCUACUGUCAUUCUGGAGCGAGCCGUUGAAAAUGUCUCGUGUAUGGCUCUACACUGGUUGUAUUACUGUUGUAUGUAUGGGGUUGUGUUAUGUCGAUUAUUUAAUGCCUUGCCAUACAGUACCUUCUAUACUGAUACUCUACAUAACAGUUUUGGCAGGAGUUCUGUUUGCUCUAUUGUUACAAGUCACUCUAAUGACAGAGCUUGCAAAGACAAUCUGUGAUACAAGACUGAUCCAAACAAUUCUCACUUCGCCUCAUUUCAGAUUUAUAUUCUUUUUACCUCCAAUAAAGACAUGCAAGAACUACAGCACACUAAACGACGGAUAUAGUCACGAUGACGGCGAUUCCGGCAUUAUAGUGACUCCGAGGAAUGGUAAUGUUGAAGAAAUGCAAUCGGAUAAUCCAACUACAACCACUACCACGUAUGGACAACCUGCAGAAUUGGCGGAGGCGUUUGAUAAACUGCUAUUCUUCGUUUAUACAAUAGCGUUUUCUAUAAUAUGGGUAAUUCAUUUUUAAAACGUUCUCUGUCAACUGUAUUGAUAAUUAAAAUUACAUUUUCUUUUUUUGUAU